CGACAUCCCAACCCAACCGCAAGAGCUUUCUCCCAUCUGCUCUGCUCGCUCUUGCUGUGCUCUGCCUGUGCGCCCCUUGCUUUUUUAUCUUUUUCUUUUUGUUUGUACCAAUCGGUGGUUACAUUUGCCACAAGAACGCGGUUCGUCGAUGUCACAUCCCCAAUCCCAAUGGGGGUCAUCAUCUUUCAUACUUUUUGAUUACCUUUUUUCGUUCGUGAAUUCUUGAUGCCACAAGGUUCGUAGUGGAGCUGGAGGUAUAAAUAGUUCCACUGUUGAGAAGGGUGUUGAGAUUCGUGCUGAUUUUAUUAUUCUCUUCAAAAGAGAGCUAGAGGGUUUUCAAGAGAAUACCGAAACUCAUUUUUUUGUGCACCCCUUUAUAGCUUGCAUCCCAUGUCAUUCAUUGAGGAUAUAUUGCCUUUGAUUGAGUUGAAGGGAAUUACCGGGAAGUCUCUGGCUUUUGCUGGCUCCUUUCUGCAGGACCUCUCUCAAUCCAUGGCAAACACGACCUGUACCAGUCAUGAUUCUGAAUUGGACAGCUGCCGAGAUGAGGGAACAGCAUUCACCUUGAAAAUGGUGGCGAUUGCAGCAAUCCUUUUUGCUGGGGUAUGCGGUGUUGCAAUACCCUUAGUUGGUAAGAAACGUUGGUUCCUUGGAACAGAUUCCAACCUUUUUGUCGCAGCCAAGGCCUUUGCAGGUGGCGUCAUUCUCGCUACAGGUUUUGUGCACAUGUUGCCAGAUGCCACGUCAAAUUUGACUGACUCUUGUCUGCCUGAAAUUCCAUGGUCAAAAUUUCCAUUUUCUGGAUUUAUAGCAAUGAUGGCGGCAUUGGGGACUCUUCUGAUUGAGUUCAUCGGAACCCAGUACUAUGAGCGUAAACAAGGGAAAGAAAGCCAAAUUGUGCGGGUUGAUUCAGUGGACAUGGAGUCAGGAAUUGUUCCAGCAGAGAAUGAAGGUUUGAAUGGGAAAGUGUUUGGUGAAGAAGAAGGUGGUGGCAUGCACAUUGUGGGGAUGCAUGCACAUGCAGCACAUCAUAGACAUAACCACCCUCAAGAGCAAGGAGCUUGUGCUGGAAAUAAGAGGAGUCAUUCAGACGGUCAUUCACAUUCACAUGAGAUAGAUGAUGGGAAUGAAGAAGGUAGUAAGAGGCAUGUAGUUGUUUCACAGGUCUUGGAAUUGGGGAUAGUAUCACACUCCGUGAUCAUUGGGCUCUCUCUUGGAGUGUCACAAAGUCCAUGUACCAUAAGACCCUUGAUUGGGGCAUUAUCAUUCCACCAGUUCUUUGAAGGGUUUGCUCUUGGAGGCUGCAUCUCUCAGGCCCAGUUUAAAACCGUCCAUGCUACCAUAAUGGCAUGUUUUUUCGCCAUCACAACCCCACUGGGGAUUGCUGUGGGGACUGGGAUUUCUACUAGUUACAAUCCAAACAGUCCAAGAGCCUUGAUCAUUGAAGGCAUCUUUGAUUCUAUAUCUGCUGGCAUUCUUGUUUACAUGGCCUUAGUUGAUCUAAUUGCUGCUGACUUUUUGAGUAAGAGAAUGAGCUGCAAUACAAGACUUCAAGUGGCUUCUUAUAUUGCACUGUUUUUGGGUGCAGGGUUGAUGUCCUUGCUUGCACUUUGGGCUUAAUUAGGCGUAUAUAGUUUUAGGUAUUUGUAUUUGCUUUUGUUUCUUUCUAUUUUUUUUUUCGGUUCUUUUGAAGGACCCCUCCCCGCCUUAAAAAAAAAAAAAGGACUCCACUGAGUGGUAGUUGAUGCAACAAGUCAUCGUAUACUCAUUCUCCAGGUACCAUUGAAAGUAUCAUACUAUCUAUAUUGUGGAAUGUUUUAAAAUAUUUGUUAUCUUAUUGAAGUUAAAGUUA